UGAGUAGGGCACACCAUGGCAGUGCCCGGCGAGGCCGCCCGAAUCAAUGACAAGCUCGGCCACGGUGGGGUGAGUCGAGCCCCCGCGGACUGCCUGAGUGGCGCGAGUCCCACAUCACCGCGGGACUCCAGCGGCCGCGGCUGCUGGGGAGACCUGGUGCUGCAGCCGCUCCGGCGCUCCCGGAAACUUUCCUCGGCGCUGUGCGCGGGCUCCCUGUCCUUUCUGCUGGCGCUGCUGGUGCGGCUGGUCCGCGGGGAGAUCGGCUGUGACCUGGAGCAGAGUAAGGAGGCGGCGGCGGAGGAGGAGGAGGAGAAAGCGACCCCGGGAGCAGAAGGGGGCGUCUUCCCGGGGCCUCGGGGAGGUGCUCCCGGGGGCGGCGCGCCGCUCAGCCCCUGGCUGCAGCCCUCGGCGCUGCUCUUCAGUCUCCUGUGUGCCUUCUUCUGGAUGGGCUUGUACCUCCUGCGCGCCGGGGUGCGCCUGCCUCUGGCCGUCGCGCUGCUGGCCGCCUGCUGCGGGGGGGAAGCGCUCGUCCAGAUUGGGCUGGGCGUCGGGGACGAUCACUUACUCUCACUCCCCGCCGCGGGGGUGGUGCUCAGCUGCUUGGCCGCCGCGACAUGGCUGGUGCUGAGGUUGAGGCUGGGCGUCCUCAUGAUCGCCUUGACUAGCGCGGUCAGGACCGUGUCCCUCAUUUCCUUAGAGAGGUUCAAGGUCGCCUGGAGACCUUACCUGGCGUACUUGGCCGGCGUGCUGGGGAUCCUCCUGGCCAGGUACGUGGAACAAAUCUUGCCGCAGUCUGCGGGGGCGGCCACGAGGGAGCAUUUUGGGUCCCAGCUGAUUGCUGGGACCAAGGAAGAUAUCCUGGUGUUUAAGAGGAGGAGGCGGUCCAGCUCCGUGGUGUCUGCCGAGAUGUCGGGCUGCAGCAGCAAGUCCCAUCGGAGGACCUCCCUGCCUUGCAUACCCAGGGAACAGCUCAUGGGACAUUCAGAAUGGGACCACAAACGAGGGCCCAGAGGAUCACAGUCUUCAGGAACCAGUAUUACUGUGGAUAUUGCCGUGAUGGGUGAGGCUCACGGCCUCAUUACCGACCUCCUAGCAGACCCUUCUCUGCCUCCCAAUGUGUGCACGUCCUUGAGGGCUGUGAGCAACCUGCUCAGCACCCAGCUCACCUUCCAGGCCAUUCACAAGCCCAGAGUGAAUCCUGUUGUUUCCUUCAGUGAAAACUAUACCUGUUCUGAUUCUGAAGAAAGCUCUGAAAAAGACAAGCUGGCUAUUCCCAAGCGCCUGAGAAGGAGUUUGCCCCCAGGUUUGUUGAGACGAGUUUCGUCGACUUGGACAACCACCACCUCAGCCACAGGUCUACCGACUUUGGAGCCUGCCCCAGUACGGCGGGAUCGUAGCGCCAGCAUCAAGCUGCAUGAAGCACCUUCAUCCAGUGCUGUUUGUCCUGAUUCUUGGAAUAACCCGGUGAUGAUGACCCUCACCAAAAGCAGAUCCUUCACUUCGUCUUAUGCUGUUUCUGCAGCUAACUAUGUAAAGGCUAAAAAGCCAAAUCGACCAGGUGCCCUCACUAAAAUUUCACCUCUUUCAUCCCCCUGUUCCUCACCUCUCCAAGGGACUCCGGCCAACAGUCCAGUCAGCAAAAUUUCCGCAGUGCAGUUUCCAGAGUCUGCCGACACAACUGCCAAACAAGACCUAGGUUCUCACAGGGCCUUAACUUAUACUCAGAGUGCCCCUGACCUGUCUCCUCAGACACAGACUCCACCUGUUAUAUGUAGCAGCUGUGGCAGGCCCUAUUCCCAAGGGGUUUCUGCUGAUGGGCCCCUGGAGAGAAGCAGUGCAGCCAUUCGGACACCAAGAAGAACAGAUGACGUUGCUCAAGUUACCUCUGAUUAUGAAACCAAUAACAACAGUGAUAGCAGUGACAUUCUACAGAAUGAAGAUGAGACCGAAUGCCCAAGAGAGCCGAUGAGGAAAGAGUCAGCUUGUAGCACCUACCCACCAGAGACCAUGAUAUUCCUGGACAAACCAAUUCUUGCUCCUGAACCUCUUGUCAUGGAUAACUUGGACUCUAUUAUGGAGCAGCUAAAUACUUGGAAUUUUCCAAUUUUUGAUUUGGUGGAAAAAAUAGGAAGAAAAUGUGGCCGUAUUCUUAGUCAAGUAUCAUACAGACUUUUUGAAGACAUGGGCCUCUUUGAAGCUUUUAAAAUUCCAGUUAGAGAAUUUAUGAAUUACUUUCAUGCUUUAGAGAUUGGAUACAGGGAAAUUCCUUAUCAUAACAGAAUCCAUGCCACUGAUGUCUUACAUGCUGUUUGGUAUCUUACUACGCAACCUAUUCCUGGCCUCUCAACUGUGAUUAAUGAUCACGGGUCAGCAAGUGACUCAGAUUCUGACAGUGGAUUUACACAUGGACAUAUGGGAUACGUAUUCUCGAAAAUGUAUAAUGUGCCAGAUGAUAAAUACGGAUGUCUGUCUGGAAAUAUCCCUGCCUUAGAGUUAAUGGCACUGUAUGUGGCUGCAGCCAUGCAUGACUAUGAUCACCCAGGAAGGACUAAUGCAUUCCUGGUUGCAACGAGUGCUCCUCAGGCGGUGCUUUAUAAUGAUCGCUCGGUUUUGGAAAAUCAUCAUGCAGCUGCUGCAUGGAAUCUUUUCAUGUCCCGGCCAGAGUAUAACUUCUUAGUUAACCUUGACCAUGUGGAAUUUAAGCAUUUCCGUUUCCUUGUCAUCGAAGCAAUUUUGGCCACUGACUUGAAGAAACACUUUGACUUUGUAGCCAAAUUUAAUGCCAAGGCGAAUGAUGAUGUUGGAAUAGAUUGGACCAAUGAAAAUGAUCGUCUACUGGUUUGUCAAAUGUGUAUAAAGUUGGCUGAUAUCAAUGGGCCAGCUAAAUGUAAAGAGCUCCAUCUUCAGUGGACAGAGGGUAUUGUCAAUGAAUUUUAUGAACAGGGUGAUGAAGAGGCCAGCCUUGGAUUACCAAUAAGCCCCUUCAUGGACCGUUCUGCUCCUCAGUUGGCCAAUCUUCAGGAAUCCUUUAUCUCUCAUAUUGUGGGUCCUCUUUGCAACUCCUAUGAUUCAGCAGGUCUAAUGCCAGGGAAAUGGGUGGAAGACAGUGAUGAGUCAGGAGAUACUGAUGAUCCAGAAGAAGAAGAGGAAGAAGAAGCACCCAAUGAAGAGGAAACCUGUGAAAAUAAUGGAUCUCCAAGAAAGAAAACUUUCAAAAGGAGGAAAAUCUACUGCCAAAUAACUCAGCACCUCCUGCAGAACCACAAGAUGUGGAAGAAAGUCAUCGAAGAGGAACAACGGUUGGCAGGCACUGAAAAUCAGCCCCUGGACCAGUCUCCCCAGCAGCAUUCCUCAGAACAGAUCCAGGCCAUCAGGGAAGAAGAAGAAGAAAAAGGGAAGCCAAGAGGAGAGGCAAUCCCAACCCCAAAGCCAAACCAGUGACAAUGGAUAAAACGAGCUGUGUUCCAAACCGAGUGACUUGUCACAGACUCUUUUCAAGCCAGCACAACACUUAGACACAACACUGUAGAAAUACAAGAAGAUGGGCAAAUGGCUACUGCAUUUUGGGAUUCUUCGCAUUCUGUGUGUUUAUUUUUACAGUGAAGUACAUGGUUAAAAACUCUUGCUCAGAGAAGCUUUCACAUUGCAACACCAGCUUCUAAAGAUUUUUUUUUAAGGAAGAAAUAUAUUUGUGUGUGUAUAUAUAUAAGCUCUCACGUAGAUACAUGUAAAAUAUAUUCACACACAUGAACACACAUAAACACAUACACACUGAAAGCCAGUAUUACUGGCUCCACAAUUUAGUAACAUUCGUAUUAAGAUAUAUAGUGGUCACUGUGAUAUUAUAAAUCAUAAAGGAAAAAUAAAGGAAAAUGAAGGAAAUGGUGCCGCUUAGCAAGGGAACAGUGCAGCAAAUGUAGGUUACAAUUAAGAAGCUUUUGCUCUUAAUUCCGAGGGAUGAAAGUUCCAGAGAAUUAUUUGAAUUCCUAUCUCUCCUGCCAACAUCUUGUAUGUGUGUGUGUAUGUCUGAGUCUGUGUCUGUGUGUGUGUAUUAAGAGGGAGAGAGAAAGAGGAUUGAAAGGGUUCUUGUGUGUAUGUAUUUUUCUGUGUAUGUAGAGAGAGAUUUUUGUGGUUAGUAGUUCAUAGAAUUCCAGCAGCAGAUGACUCAGCAAUUGUGAACAAACAGAAGGAAGUCCACUCUGCAGUGUCUUAGGCAGCCAUUCCAAAAGCCUUCCUCCAUUUAGCUUCAAUAAAGAUCUCUUUGCAGAAGGAGGGUAGUCAUCUGCUGGGUGAGAGGGCCAUGUGAUUGGUACUACUGCUACAGACCACUAGGGGGCUCUCUAUCACCAGCCUUAAAUCUGGAAGACUGAGGCAUUUUUCAAUCUACUUGCCUAAUGAAUGUAUAGGAGAUGUUUGUCUCUGAAUAUGUCUGUCACUCAACCUAAGAUCAAAUCACCAUUUAAGGGGACGGCAUUCUUUAACACCUAGGAAGGAGCUGGAGUCAGAUCUUUAAUCAGGUUAGAACUCUAAAAGUUUUCCAGAGAAAACCUGGGAAAUUACUCUUAACGGUAAUCUCCCAUGUCUUAAUUUGCUGCAAAAUGUGUGUGAUAGAAAAAGGCAAACAGAGACCCCCUUUGGGAUAUAUAGUGAGAGAUGAAGGGGAAAAUUUCAACCUAGCUUUUGGUGUUUGUUGACAUAGUGAAAGCCUGAUUCUUGGCAACUGUUGAAGAUUGAUUUUUUGGUGGUAAAGGUCCCACUGACCAACCCUGUUGUGGUAUUCCACAUGCUGUGUGAUGGGGUGGCUUUUAUCUGCAAUUUGGCCCAUUGUCAUGCUUCUUUUGGCAGGGACAAUUAUAGAAGGAUUUGGGGGGACUGGCCUAUUAUUGAAAGUUGGUGUUUUUUUUUUUUGGUUUGUUUAUUUACACUUGUUUAUGCUGUGAGCCAAACCUCUAUUUAAAAAGUUGAUACUCACUUUCAAUAUUUUAUUUCAUAUUAUUAUAUUUGUCAUGAAUAAUUACCUUGAUGUAAAUAUAAAGAUUUUUUUUGUUGUUUCUGUAGAUACAAACUUUUUUUAAAGGGAAAAUGAAACAUUUUUAUAAAGUUAUAUUUUAAUCACCAUUUUUAUACAUUGAAAAUAUCUCCAAGCCCAGUAAAUGAGUGAUGAUUCAUGGAGGUCUAUGGACAGCCACACAUCUACCUAUUCUAGUAUAAGUGAUAAUCUGAUACAGGUAUCUUGUGCCAAUUAAAUGAGGAUGCUGCAAAGAAUGUUUUUUUUACUAGUAACUUUUGCUAACUUUUGGGUCCAUGACUCCCAAGUGAAAGACUUUCCUGACCAACAUGAAAUGCUCAUCAUUGAUGUUCCAACACUUUUUGGUUAUAACUCUUCCUUCAGUACUAUAUACGGACCUGCUCAUCAUCUAAACAAUCUUAGCUUCUAAGCAAACCUUGAUUGCGAUUUCUACUUUUUAUUUCCUCUGAAGUCAUAGAAGAGUGUUUACAUUAAAAAUGCCUUUGUUUCUCAUUAGCGAUUAUUUUUCCAUUCCAAAGCAAUGAUUUUACAGUAAUCCAUGGCAUUUUUAAAUUAAAGCAAAGAUAAUACAAUCAGAAAUAAACAUGGUUUCAAGGCAAAUUUCCCAAUAAGUAGGAAAAUAUGGAAAAGAUCAAACUGAUACAGACUCUACCUAAAUAAGAAUAAUUGCAUUGUUUUUUUUUGAGUUAACACCAGUUCUUCAUUAUUUAGGACUUACUGAGUUGUUUUCCAUUUUCUUAGUAUUACUAACUGUGUGCUUCUCUGUUUGUAAAUCUUACUGUGAGUCAGAUACAUAUUUCCCAGUGAACUUAACUGUUCUCCUUCCCUUGCAUAUAAAAGAUGAAAAAAAUAGACUUUAUACUCACAUACCUCUUAUAUCUAAUUUCUUAACAAAACUAAUCUUUUCCCUUCUCCAGAUGCCAUACAUCUGUAAAAUAAAUAUAAGUUGAGGAAAACUCUAGGUGAGAAAUAAGUAGAGUGUUGGAAGAAGAGUUGUGAGUUUGUAACUGGAUGUUGGCAGCUCUAUCCAAGCUUCCUGGCCCCAAGUAGUGUCCAGCCUGACUGCCAGAACAGAGUUCUUAGCAAACUACCUGGUUUUGUUUGUUUCAUUUUAAAGUACAUGAAAUAAUGAUGGCCAAAGCAGUUAGAACCUCUUCAUUCCAGAAUUGUGUCCAUCCGUCUAGGAAAAUUGAUCAUUUUUUCUUUAAAAAUAAAUUUUCAGUAUAUUAAAGAUAGAUGUCAGUUGAAAUAAAGAAAUGGAGAUUCAUCAAGUAUGUGACUUUCAUACACACAGUACAUCCCAGAGGAUGCCUAGGAACGUAAAAAGAUAUUUUCUGCUACUGAAGGUCUCCCUCUCCUUAGUGACAGCAAUAUUACUAUGUCCACUUCUAACUCCAGAGCUUAAUUCCUUAGAAGUGUAUUUGUUGCAAUUUACUACAUUUUUAUAUGAGUCUAUUUAUAGGUGCCAUUAGAUAAACUCAGGUCUUUCAAAUGAAGGAAUUUCUAGCUCGUUUAGGGAAAAGAAUAAAUGUAUAAUAAACCAUAAAACUAAUGGUAGGAAAAGCUGGAAAUGGUGAGUUUGAUGCUACCAGUUGUUCCCUGUUAAGGAAAAGACCAGGUAUACCAUGAGUGUAAUCGAUGUCAUUUCCAGCAUACUGAUACAAUGCCUUUCUACUUACCUAAGCCAACUUUCAGACUAUUGUUUCUUUGGUGAAAACACCACUUGAGGGUUUUUUUAUACAAGUAUAAAAAUUUGUUUUUGUCAUUUAUAUAAGACCUGGUUUUGCUCUCAGUAGAAGAUGAAGACAGUAGCUUGUACAGGGAUAUAUCUAUAUUGGUCUUCAUCUGACAAGGAAUUUCUUCAUGUUUAAGAAAAUAUCCACUUUCUAAAAGCAGAGUACCAAAUUCUGUCUGUUCCAUUUUGAUGGAAUUCCAGAACAAAUCCUAACCAUUGCAAUCCCAGUAAAACUAAAGAAAAGGGAUUGUGUGUCGUGUAGACUGUUCGUAUUACGUGUAUGUAUUGCGAUUUCCUCAUGUUCCCUGCCUCUCUUGGUUUGCGUUUCCCGACGUCCCUAUCAUGUUCCCAGAGAACUUUCUUUGAAGGUAAAAGCUGUGCAAAAGGCAUGAGACUCAGGCCUAUACUUUGUUUAAAUGAUGGAAAAAAUAUAAAUUAUUUUCUAAGUAAUAAAGAUAUGAAAAUUAUCAUUGUAAAUAAAGACUAAAGUUUGAAAUGAC